AUGGGAGAAGUGUCUGCUGCUUGUGGGGUGACAAAUGGAUACCCCUGCUUCCUGGAAACAGAAUUACAUCGAGUUCAAGACCUCGGAGAUUUACUCUCUGAGUUUGAAGUGGCAGCUAUUGCAAAGAUAAGGAUUUCUAAAGUGGUCUGGGCUCCGAUAGAGGGUUUGAUUAUCCGAACGCUAAGCCCUAACCUAUAUGCGUUCCAGUUUUUUUAUUGGCGGGAUAAGGAGAAAGUGUUUAAUGGGAGAUCAUGGUGCUGGGAUAAUAAUCUGAUUGUGUUGAAUGAAGUCCAUGGAGACGAACAGCCGGAGCAGGUAAACCUCCAAUUAUCUCCAUUCUGGGUAAGGGUUUGUAAAUUACCUUUUAAUUGUCGAUCUGAUGAAUAUGUUAAAGCUUUGGUUACUGGUCUGGGGGAAUUGAUUGAACUAGAACCGGAUGCCCUUGGUUUAAACCGAUAUAGGAGAGUGCAAGUUUUGAUUGAUGUGGAUAAGCCUUUGCGCAGAUAUCAAAGAGUUGGUGAUAAAGGAGGGAAUGAGAUUAAGAUUGAAUUUAAAUAUGAACGCCUCCCUUAUCUUUGCUUUGCUUGUGGUGUAAUUGGGCACUCUGAGAAAGAUUGUUUGAUGGUGUCCGAAGAAGAAAAGGAGAAACGCUUGGGGUGGGGCUUAUUCCUUAGAGCCUCACCUAGGAAGGGGAAAGCCAAAGAGUUGAGGAGGUAG